AUGCAGAACAUGACGAGACGCUUUGGUCGCAUGACGACGAAGUCGUCUGCAGAUGAUAGCCAAAUCGCUGUGCUCCUAAAAGAUUUCGACGAUGCAGACAUGCUCCUGGGAAAGAUUGUGGAAUCUACCCAAGCCUGGCGUGAUGCCUGGGUCUCUAUAGUAACUCAUCAGAGUCGCCUUGUCGAUGAAUUCGAUGGCCUCUACGGUCCCAUCGUUGGCUCUUCAGAAACCCCAUCCAAUCACAAAGCCGUGGAGACAGACCCCAUCAGAUUAGGGCGGACAAAUCGACUGCGGAAGGAAUACGAUGAGCUACGCAACGAUCUCAUAGAGGAACUGAGUGCUGUGGACACUCGCAUGUCCCACCCGGCUACGCAAGCCAAGGAAUCCCUUGCGCCAAUGAAAAAGACGAUCAAAAAACGAAAUAACAAGAAGACCGACUUUGAAAUCUCCCAAGGGCGUGUGGAUAGCCUGAUGAAAAAGUCAAAGCGGACCGAUCGCGAAAAUAUGAGCCUAGCCAAAGCGGAGGCAGAACUUACCAAUGCCAAAGAGGCUUACCAAGCUGCUGACCAUGAUUUACGACAACGACUCCCAACAUUGGUCGCUCUGAUAUUCUCCCUAACGCCAUACAUCCUCGAAGCACAAGUCGAGAUCCAAAACCGCAUGCUUGCGAACUAUUACACGGUGCUUCAUACUUACUGUGAAGAUGAGGGAUUUCCCUCCCCGCCACCAACCAUGGAACAAGUUGUCCAAGACUGGGAGUUUGCCUUCAACCCUGUGCAAGGUGAAAUAGAAAACUUCGGCUGCCUAACCCAAGGCAAGGCCAUGCGCCGAGCCACAGCCGACCACGAAAAUAAGAAACGUCCCUCAAUCGGAAGUCGCCUCACCAGCACUGCCUCAUCGGCCUCAGUCCCAAGUUCUUUCCGCCGGGGAUCCCAAACACCAGGAUCGUCGAGCCAGACACCCAGUGUAGCAGAAUACCCUCCUUCUCCGCCUCUGUCAACAAUUAGUCGUAAGAGCAGCGCAAUUCUUGUUGGAAACACCUCAGCAUCCAAGCCCCUCUCGACGGGCGGCGACUACUUCGAUCCGCCUCGUCCAUCAUUCAUGCCAAGCCCACAACCCACUCCCAUUCCAUCAGGAGUGGUGAGAUCCCCCGCCGGCCCAAACAUAGACUGUUUCCAGGCCAAGGUAUCACCCAUGGCUGCUGCCAUAGGGAAGAAGAAGCCACCGCCACCACCGCCAGCUUCCCGUCCAGAUUUUGUCACGGCGCUCUAUGACUUUGAUGGCCAGGGGGAUGGUGACCUGGUUUUCCGGGAAGGGGACCGCAUUCGCAUCGUGCGGAAAACGCAAAGCACGGACGAUUGGUGGGAGGGUGAGCUGAGAGGGCAGAAGGGACCUUUCCCUGCCAACUAUCCCAAAGCCCCCCCAGCCAUGGAUGAAGCACACCGCGAAGCCUUGAGAAGGACCCGUACUAUUUUCCGCUCAAACGGCAAACCUCACUACGAGGACCUCCACACUAUGCCGGAGCUGUGGUGGGUCUCAGUGAAGCUUACCGAUGAGCAGCGCCAUGCUACCGACGACCAGUUGAUGGAUAUUGUGAUUGAACGUUGCCGCACUGGAGACUGCAAGGUCACUCACUAUGAUUCCAUGCACCAGCAGGAGGCCUUUUGGAUUUCGUUCCCGGUUAUGAACCCUGACCAGGAUCUUGCAGGGCGCGGCUGGAUUGUCCUUGUUAUGGGGCUUGCUGAGCACUACCAGAUGGAGAUUGCUGCCGGACGUCUUUCGGUCGAUCGGGAUUAUAUUUUCGGGGCUAGAGAUAGCUCUUAG